UCAGACUCGGGUUGCUGUAUUUUAUUUGUGAUUUUAUUUUGAAAAAGCGAAAUGUCUGACCAAGGGGCUCAGCAGCAGCCACAGGUGGAAGUGGUGAUGAAGGUGGAAGGUCAACAACCUUCAACCUCCACUCCUCCUUCUCCACCUCUGACUGCUACUCAACAAGAAAAGGAGUUGCAAGAGCAGUUGCGGCGGCAACAAGACCGACGUGCAGAGUUGGAACGUCAGGAGGCAGCUGAGCUAGAGGCUGUAAUAGAUUAUUCCAGAAGGGAAUAUCUGUUGCAACAGCUAGACAAGGUGCUCUCAGAUAACCGCUGUGCACAGGUGACUAAGCACUUGGCAGAGAUGAUCAUUCUGGAGCACAAGAUCACCAGUUCCCACUUCAUGAACUGGGAUGAUCGUUUUGAUCGUUUGGAGCGUCGGGUUGACCACCUGGCCGCUCAACAGUCUAAGAUUCUGGAUGCGAUUCAAAACUUGACUGCUCAGCUUUCGGCCGCCAAGCUGAUUGCUCCUCAGCUCCCUCUGAUAAAACCCAAACCUUCUCCUCCUUCUACCCCUCCUUCAUCUCCCCCUGGAUCAAUGCAUUCUUCCCAGACACCACCUCAGUCCCAAAGAGCCUCAGGCAAAGCCACCUAUGCUGCUGUUACUGCAGGAGAUCAAAGAGGUCCCAAGAUCCCUACACCCAACAAGUUCAGGGGUGAUGACCCCAAGACCGAUGUUGGGGAUUGGGCUGCAGGGACCAGAGCCUACUUGAGGGGCUUUGUUUGCCCAGAACAGACCAAGGUGGCAACCGUUCUGGGACUGCUGGAGGGGCCUGCACAAAAGCGGGCUACUUCAACCUCCAGCAGUCUGCAACAAACUAUGGAGGACUGGGCUUUGGGACUGGGAGUGGACAGGCUUCUGCAGGCCUUGGAAGACCGCUUUGCAGACAAGGAGUGGGCCCGCAAAGCUGCUGACAGGAUUGCUUGCCUGGGACAGCAGCGCUAUAGCGGUUCCUUGCAAUCCUUGUUUGCAGAGUUCGAGCAGCUGACUUCCACACCAGGACUGGUGAUGUCUGCAAAUGACCUGCUGACAAACUUCUGCAGAGCAGCCCCUGAGAAGUUUUCAGUUGCAUUGUACAACGUUGGACACAAGGACUGGAGGCCCUUUGGCCGCACAACCCUGGACAUGGAGGCAAAGCUUCAUGUUCAGGCCCCAUCCUCUGAUAGGAGGAAAGGUGCCUUCCCUAGAGGUGGUAGAAAGGGAAAGGCAACCUUCACUCAUGCGGGAUCUGCAUCAGGUUCAGAUUCAGAUUCCCAGGCUGGGAAUGGCGAGUUCAAAAUGUGUAUUGACUACAGAGGUCUCAACAAGAUCACUAGGAAGAGUACAGAGCCACUUCCUCGGAUCGACGACCUCCUGGACAUGGUGCAGGGCUGCACAGUGUUCAGCAAAGUCGACCUCAAAUCUGGCUACCACCAGAUUGAGAUGGCAGAGGAGGAUGUCUACAAGACAACCUUCAAGACCAGGUAUGAGACUUACGAGUUCCUGGUCAUGCCAUUUGGACUUUGCAACGCCCUAGGCACCUUCCAGACAGAGAUGCACCGCAUCUUUAGGCCUUACCUCGACAAGUUUAUGGUUGUCUACCUGGAUGAUAUCCUGGUAUUCAACAAAACUGCCAGGGAACAUGCGGAGCACUUGGCUCUGGUUCUUCAGUCAUUAUGCGACAACCAGUACAAAAUCAACAGAGAGAAGUCUUCUUUUGGAGUUCCCUCUGUCAUCUACCCGGGUCACGUAAUCUCUGGAGAUGGCCUGGCUCCUGAAGCAGCCAAGCUUGCUGCUAUUCAGGAGUGGCCUCAGCCACGGACAGUGAGGGAUGUCAGGUCCUUCAUGGGUCUAGCCUCGUACUACAGAAAGUUUGUCAGGAACUUUUCCGUCGUGGCUGCACCCCUGACCAACCUAACAAAGAAAGAUACUCCCUUUCUUUGGUCCCUUCCCUGUCAGUUGGCCUUUACACGACUCAAGAAGGCCUUGACUCGUGCGCCUGUGCUGAAGCUACCUGACCCCACUUUGCCAUUCAUCCUGACCACUGACGCCAGUCAGUAUGGCAUUGGGGCAGUUCUUCAGCAGGAUGAUGGCAAUGGUCUACGGCCUAUUGAGUUUAUGAGUAAGAAGAUCAAGACUCAAAAGCUCCAGGACUCCACCUACGAGAAAGAGCUUUAUGCUUUUGUCUGUACCCUGAAACACUGGAAACACUUUCUCCUGGGGAGACACUUCAAGAUCUUUUCAGAUCACUCCACCUUACAAUGGAUGAAGUCCCAGGGAGAGUUAAAUGACAAAUUGGCACGGUACAUUCAGUUCAUAAACAUGUUUGACUUUGAACCGGAGCAUAAGAAGGGCUGCUACAACAAGGUAGCAAAUGCCCUCUCUCGUAGGCCUGACUCUUUUGCUCUGAUCUACUCUACUCACUCCUUUGGAGAGGAGACCCGUCAGACCAUUGCUCGUCUACUGCCUCAGGAUGAGACUUUCAGACCCAUUGUCAGGAAUUUGCAAGCAGAUCCUAACUCUGAACCAGGCUAUGCUCUGAGUUCAGACCUGCUGUAUACUUACAGCAGAGGCGAGGAACACUUGUGCAUUCCGGAGAACCAACGGCUCAGGACAUUGCUGAUGUCAAAGUGUCAUGAUGCCCGUGGACAUUUUGGGUUCCUAAAGUCCUAUGCAGCCAUGUCGUAGCGCUUCUUCUGGAAGGAGAUGCGGAGUGAUAUGUUGCGUUAUGUGGACACCUGUGAGCUCUGGCAAAGGAAUAA